AUGCGGUCGCGAGCCUCCGUCAAACCAUCCGACUAUCCAACCCUCCCCUUCCACGGCAUCCGCGGCCUAAUCUUUCUCUCCGCCAUCGUGGUCUCCAUCAUCCUCGCCGUAUUCAUCUUCCACCUCCACGCCGAUGGCUACAAACUACCCUUUGCCUUCCUGAUCCUCCUCAUCUCCGCCUUCCUCUCCCUCGUAACAACCCUCCUCACAACAAUAAUAAACUGGGCCUGGGGCCUCUCCCCAAAAUUCUCCCUCCUCCUGCAAAUCCCCCUCCUCCUCCUCUGGAUCCUCUCCCUCGCCCUCCUCUCCUACAGCAUGUCCGGCACAAUCCUGACAAAAUGCACAACGCAAUACUGGGUGACAUCCGCCGCGCUGUCCGUCUGCCGCACCUACAAGGCGCUUUUCACGUUCACAGCCGUCGGAACCGCGGGGUACAUCGCUGCGGUUUGGCUGGAUGUUAUCGUGAGGCAUCGGCAGACCAGGCUGGGUGCUUAUGGGCCUAUGGGGAGUUCGGCGGCGCUUGGCGAGGAUCCGUGGGAUGUUAAGUUGGCUGAUAGACGGGGUUCGAGUGGUGAAGGUGUGUCGGAGCAGAGGAGGGGGACUCGGGUUGCUAGGGGACAGGUUGGGGAGGAUUAUCGGCAUCCCGCUGAGCAGACGGGGUAUGAUCCUGCUGCGUAUCGUUGA